UCUGGCCAGUUCAGUGAAGACAUGAUACCAACAGUGGGAUUCAACAUGAGAAAAGUGACGAAGGGCAAUGUAACGAUAAAGAUUUGGGAUAUAGGAGGGCAGCCAAGGUUUAGGAGCAUGUGGGAGCGGUACUGUAGAGGAGUUAAUGCAAUUGUUUACAUGGUUGAUGCUGCAGAUCGUGAAAAGAUCGAGGCCUCCAGAAAUGAGUUGCACAAUCUUUUAGACAAACCACAGCUACAAGGAAUACCGGUUUUAGUUCUGGGAAACAAACGAGACUUGCCCAAUGCAUUGGAUGAAAAACAGCUGAUUGAAAGAAUGAAUUUGGCAGCUAUUCAAGACAGAGAAAUUUGUUGCUAUUCAAUUUCUUGUAAAGAAAAAGAUAAUAUAGAUAUUACUCUACAGUGGCUUAUCCAGCACUCAAAAUCCCGAAGGAGCUGAGCGAGUGGGAAAUACACCCUGUGUCACAUCUAUUUCACCAUCUCUGCUCACUCUGUGACAAUGUAACCACAUCUACAACAGAUAAUUUUUUUCCCCCCUCUAGUUCACUUAUUAUUUUUCUAACAUCCCAUUCUGUGCACUGUUCAAGACCUGUAAUGCUGAGUAAGAACCAAUGUGAACUGAAAAAUCUCAUGAUCUCUAGUGGGAGUUAGAAUGCUGCUACAGUGCUGGUCCGUCAUUGCCUUUGAUAUGCCAAAUCACAGGAAUUCAGGUGUUUGUGCUUUUCUUUUUUUAAACAUUGGAUUUUGUUUUUCAUUUGUAACUUUUUUUUUUGAUAUUGUAUAAGAAAUUUAUCACUUAAGCACAUUUGUUAAAAACCACCUUGUAAAGACAAUAAAUGGAUUGUACAUUAUUAUUAUACAGUACAUAGUGUAGGCUGAGACUGUUGCCAUAUUAUACUAGCCUGCUGACAAAGAAGUUAGUCCAACUUUCUUAACCUGCUGGUUGUUUCCUCCUGCCGUCUUAAGUUUUAUAAAUGACGUGGUUCUACUUUCAUAUUUGGACACGCCACGAUUUUUGAAAACCCAAGUAAUGAGUUGAUUAUGUUGGCUCAAUUAUCGUGUAGUGCUAUUUUUGAGGUUUAAUUUGUACAUAUGAGAGUGUAGAUGUUAAAACAGGCACUCUACAGUGAAUGUCACAAAUAAUCUUUCACCAUUUUUGUAAAAUAGCUACAACUUGCAAUGCUUUUUAUGUCCUCCAGAUUGUGCUGCAGAGUUUCAAUGUGCCUUCUGCAAUAGCUUCCAUUGCUUAGACCAAAACUGAGUUCCAGCAGGUGCAGAAGAAAAAUAAAUCCUGCAAAUCACAAAUUGUUUGUUUUUUUUUUGGUAAUAAAAAGCAUGCUUCUGACAUAGGCUUGACAUAAUUUGUCACUUGCAUAAGGUCAUAAUGCUGUAGUGGUGGAUAAGAUUUUUAUUUACUACUUCUGUACUGAACUAUUAUUAUGGUAACUGUAGCAAUCUUUUAUUUAAUGUAUUUUCUGUACAUGUGUAUGUAAUAUAAAAUGUCAAUAAUGAUAA